AUGGCUCUUUCAAGCUUUGUAAAACAAGACCUUAUUGCAGAGGGAAAGAUCUCAACAAAAGUCCGCCACAAACCAGUUGCUCUGUUUGAAGUUGCUGAAGACCUUGUAACCUUUCUAUGGAAGGCAGACGAGUAUGAAUUUCUGCACUCCCGGAUCCGUUUGCAGCUUGCUUUCCUAAUCAUUAUCCUUGCUCUAGCAUACUCUGGAUAUUUCCUUCUUGUUCAUUUGUGGUAUCGAAAGAGAACCUGUAAUCUUGAAAAGUAUGCGCCUCAGUUACUUCUCUACGAAGAGCCAAAGAGGUGCUUCUUCUGUCCUGUUGCAUAUUUUCUUGUAUUGGCUCUUGCUGACCAGGCAAUUGAGGGAUGUAACUCGUUUACCUCCCUUGAAGCUACACCAACACCUCUAGGCACUGACACAUGCUGGUUUAAGAUUAAAUCUAGCAUGCUUGAUGUUCCAAUUCUUCGGUCAGUUGAUCAAAAGGGGGUUAUUCACCAAGAUCAAAUCUGGAAAUUCAACAGCAUAAGUAACAUGCUCAUUGGGUUAGGUCAACGAGCUGGAUAUGAAGAGAAUCUCACUGCAUAUUGCUUCCGGAGGGUUUUUAGUAAUACUAUCGACAAGGCUGUCAGUCAAGCACAAAGGCGACAGUUAAUAGGUCACUGCGAGGAUGGGACAUUCCAACACUACAUCUCUAGAAUUGUUGGUGCAGACACACAAUCACUAGCCCAAGGAUGUACACCUAAUCAGGCGUUGAUUGAGGAAGCAACAUCGAUGAAAGCCCGGAGAAAUCUGCUUGCUCCAAUGCCGCCAGGUUCCCAACUAACCAAGCAUCAACGGGUAGACAUAACGCAGACUUUAUCUAUGUCUCCGCAAAAGAAGGACAAAAUUCAGAGACGACUACGAAAGAACGUUUACUUGAAGAAGUAG